AACCCUUCUUUGCAAAUUUACAUAGGAAAGUAGGGGUGGGGUGGCAAACGCCCUCCGCCCUAGCUCCCUCCCUCCGUGUCCGGCCGCCCGACUCCUCCAUCUCCAGCUGCGCCACCCAGCCCGCACGCCUCCCCCAACGCACCCCAGGUGGUCGGGCGGCUGCAGCCGGAGGCGCCCCUCGGCCACCCGGUUCCCGCCUCUCCGUUCAUCGAGGGCCCGGAGGGAUGCCGCGCGACCGCGACGAGCCGGCCGCCGUGCGCGUCUACACCGUCUGCGACGAGUCCAAGUACCUGGUCGUGCGCAACGUGCCGUCUCUCGGAUGCGGUGACGAACUCGCCAAUCUCUUCGGGACGUACGGCUCAGUCGAGGAGUGUAAGCCCAUGGAUGCCGAGGAUUGUGAACCCUACACCGAUGUUUUCUUCAUCAAGUUCUCACAGGUCAGCAACGCGAGGUUUGCAAAGAGGAAGCUUGAUGAGUCCGUAUUUCUUGGCAACCGGUUGCAGGUGUCCUAUGCGCCUCAUUUUGAGAAUCUUUUGGAUACCAAGGAGAAACUGGAAGUUAGGAGAAAUGAAGUCCUUGGCCGAAUAAAAUCAUCUGCUGGCAGACCUGAAGGGACAUCUCAGUAUUCUCUAGCUCAGGGAUCAUCUGGUUGGAAUUCACACCAUCAGAUGAACUCCAAUAAGAGGGAAUAUGUGAAGACAAUUCAUGCUUCUCAUAUCGAAGAUCCUCGUUUCAGUCAUGUGCCCUCCAAUAAGGAUUAUUUUCCAUCCGAGUCAAUGAACGCAACUGUAAUGCUAGUCAGAGACAAGCUUGAUAAGAUACAAUCCGGUGGUGAUAAUUCCAAUGCUGCUGCUGCAUCUAAGAAACCAAGGAUAGAUAACCGCAGGCGAAUUUGAUAUUAAUGGGUACUGUAGAGCAUGCUUUAGAAGUUUGGGCUUAUUUUUUAAUCUUGAUUGUUGCUGUCCAUUUUCUUUCUCAUUUGGUAGUUUGUUUAGUGAUCUAUAUAUAUUUCAGCGGAGUGUUGUAUUAUAUGGUUAGCCGUGGUGUCUUUGACUCAGUUGUAAUGCUCUUUCCUUUUAGGCUUUUGCAUCUGUAAUGUUAGCAUUUAGUAUGAUGAGCGAUUUUAUGAAAUAUUCGUUCUUGUUGCCAUCAAUUAUACCGGAAUUUUUAUUUUUUAUAUUGUCGCCCCUUUU